GGUCUGUCAUCGGCGCCUCUGUUGUAGCAGCCAUUUUACCGUGGAGCGUCGACACAGCGGCGACCGGAGGAUGCCGAGACAGCGCCGUUGAAAGAUGCAGCACAGACUGACCAGCUGGUGCCUCUCCCCAGCACUGGUGCUCUCUGCCCAGCUGGAUGCACGGAAGUACCGCCAAAUCCGAUCAUCAUCCAUUCACAGCUCUUGGAGUCAAUAGUGAUUCACAAACAUGGCAGCCACACCUCAAGGUCCCAUGGUCCGCCGGCCAUUGGCGUUCACAAAUGAGGAGCGGAAGGCUGUCCACUCCUGGUCCCGCAUCUCGUCAGCCGGGCAAAAUGUCCUUCUGGAUGCUCUGAAGAUCCUUAGCCCCAUGUCUAGAGACCUCUCGAGCACCGAGGAGCUGGUGACUUUCCUCCAGGAGCUGAGUGAGGAAGGUCACAAGCCCACCAUCCUGCGGAGCAAAGAUGUUUACUGCUACCGCUCCUGCACAAGCCUUCCCAUGACUGAAGAAAUGCUCAAGUUGGUCAACAAGAAUGUUAGACCCACUGCUAAGAAGAGGAAGAGGAGGCCUCAGGUCAAGAAGCGGGAGGUGCACCCAUCCUGGAACACCACUGAGAGGAGCAACCCAAGGAUUCAAGGGAUUCGGCCUCCAGAGAUGCUGAUGGACCAUCAUGCCAUCGUCUGCAGCAGGACACCCAUGCAAACUGUAGAAAUGUUAGAGGCCGACAUCCAGCCGUGCCUCAGACUGACCAGUAUCCAAGGUCUGUCUGGCUUCCACACGGCCAGACUCCAGAUCCAAACUGUUUGGGAAUCCGAGAUGCCCGCCGUUACCUUUUCACCGCAGACGCACCCGAUGACACUAUCAGGAAUACCCUCUCAGCCUUCUCAGAACGGCGGUGGGGCACCCACUAAAGCCGUGGCCUUGUUCAGCCAGAAGAGUCUGUCCUGUCCGAUCCGACUGGAUGGCGCUCUCAUAGGGGAUUCGGCUCCGGUCUUCUAUGCUAACGGUCGGGGGUUCUCACAGACUCACACAGAAUUGACCAGCAACGGCUGGAGGGGUAACUGUCUCCACCAAGAAGUCCCUGGAUCCAAGGGAAUAACUGGCUCUGCGAGGCAAAGGAAUAGCUGGAAGGACAAGAAAGAUUUAAGGCGGAAAGUUAUAAAAGUGGAUGACUCUCGGUCCGUAGCCGAGGCCUGCAGGAAAGCGCAAAAGAUUCUGCAGGUCAACCUUUCUCCAGUGAUUCAGAUCCAACCUCUCAACCAUGUGCUGAGAGACUUCAGAUUUCAGAAGAAUUAAAAAAAACCCAACCCAAAACUCUCUGUCCUUAGCAGAUUUUAGUUUUUUUCCAUUUGUUGGCCUCUGCGCUGCCGGGGGCCGUGUUCAUAGCAGAUAUCUUAAAAGUGGUUAUGCCAGGUGUUGGGCUCACGAUAGGAGUUUCUGGAACUUGUGGAUCCUAACAGAAGCAUCUGACGUACAGUUUGCUUGGAAAAGCCCCGUCUGUCGUCCCUGAGGUGGUACAUGUUCACUGUGUUUAGUCGAUGCCACAAUCUAACGGAAACCUCCAGUCAUCCAGCUGCUCAUUUGGACACGACGUCCGCAGAUAUAGGUCAGUCUCCUGCCCUUUAAGGUGUUGAGUACGGACCACUGUUGUGAAAAUAUUUAAACUCAAUUAAACGGAACUGCAUUUUGUUAGAAAUGUAAGUAUUUUUCACUUUUUUGCCGCUCUGCUCUUUUCCCUUGAAAGAAAGAAAAAUGAAGUCUUGUUUUUUUUUUUUUACUGAAUUUCAACUAGAAGGGGGAAAUAUUUAGUUUCUGUUUUUAAUUAGUUUUUUUAUUAUUUUCAAUCUUUGAGAGGUAGUACAGGUUUGAGGGCCGCAGAAACGUAAAUUAGAUGUUAAGUUAUUCACAAAGUGUUCCUUUGGUUGACUGAGAAAUACAUUGUAUAUUAAAUGUUACUGCAGGGAAUAUUUGACUCUUAGUUACAAAACUUAAAGAAAUUAUUCUUGGAAAAAAAAAACAUCAAAAACAUAAAUGGCCUUUUAUUGUUUCCAGCUUUGUGAUUGAGGAGAUCUAAGAAUAUUUAUAUUCAGUUCAUCGGUUCUGGGUUAAGUUUCCUAAGAUUCUUCAUUAGUCUGAUCAUUUUUUUUCCAAGUUUCUGCAAGCGUUUUAUAAUAAUCAGUUGAUUUUAACACUUUCUGGGGUUACGCUCUCUUAUUCCCAUUUUAAAAAAACGCUUGCAUCAAUUCUUGUCUCCAAUCUCCUUUUUGCCCUGAGCUAAAUGAUCCAUAUAUCUGGUCCUGCACACAAAGACAGCCGGAUUGCAGAAUCUAGAUAAUUUUAAGAUCUCUUUAUAAAAAAAUAAAUAAUUUUUUGAGUCUACACUGGUUUGUGCAACAGGUGCUAACUUUUGUUGUUGGUGCUGGUCCAAGAAUGUCCGUUCCUUUAAUGUCUAGUUCAGAUCGAUGCAUUCAGGAGCAGCGACUUCUCUUUAGGCAGUGUCAGCACUGCUGCCCCCUACAGGUUGGGGUGAGCAUGACAAACUGUUGUCCAUGCUGCUCAAAGAGUUUAUACUGUGAGGAACCAGCGAAGUCCAUUGUCAUGUCAUCUGUGUCAGCUCUGUGUAUUCAUCGGUACAGAACCAGGCUCUGAGACCUAAGCAAUCCUUUUCCCCCCAAAUGCUUAUACACAAACUGAAAGUAGCUUUGUGAAAGAAAAAAAAAAACCUUUUCAAGUAACAUUUCUGAAGCUUUUAUUUGUUUGGGUUAUUCAGCCAUGUUUGAAAGGUUCAGAAAAAAGCUGGUACAUAAAACUAGUUUGAAGUAUUUGCAGUUCUAAUUCUGUGAAAGGAUUUGAAUGGUAGAAAAAAUAAAAAUCAAGAUUUGCAGGUGGCGAUUGGUUUAAAGAUCAAACUAAGGUUGUUUCUGUGACGACAUCUAUUUCCCUGUUUUAACUGAGACUGCAUCAGUGUUGGGUGAUCACCUUUACAGAUUCUUUAUCUGUUCUGGUGAGCCGUAUGAUCCCCCCCCCUCCGCAGUCUUCGUGUCCAUGCCCUUUUCUAGACUGUUUCUGUCUUGUUUGUGCAACAUUUGUAUUAUAAUGUAUUUCCUACAUGAUCUUUGAAAAACUUUUUUGUUCAAUAAACAUUAAAAAAAA